AAUUUUUUAUGUACAUACAUAUGUAUGUAUAGUAAUCGCAGUGACUCAUUGUCAGUGUAAGAUUUAUUGGGAGUUCGGGUGCUGGCUUACGCCUUAUGUAUGUUAAAUUGUACAUUCGUGCGACAAUGCCAAUGUUGCCAAUAACUGAGUAUCUGGACAGAAAAUGUACAUAAAUUUACGUUAUAUGUGUUUUUCUUGGAUGCCAAAGAAUAAGAGCGAACAACAGAGAAACUAAGAGAUUCCUACUCGUAUUAGUGAGUCGACAGGCAAAUAAAACACAAGGCGAUUAUUUUGCUUUUGUUCACAUGCGCUCUGUGUAAACCAAAGUGACGUCAAAUAACUUUCAAUUAAUUAAGAGUUUAUGCACCUCAAUAAAGCAUAUACAUAUAUAUGUACAUAUAAGAAUCGGUACAGGAAAUGCUUGGCAUAUGUAUAUGCUAGCAAACUUUUUUGACUAAAGAUUGUGAACGUUCUGUAAAAAAGAAACAUACAUACCAGCAAAAUAUUUUGACCAAGAUUGUGAAAGUACUGUUAAACAGAUUUUAUAGUGAACUGAAACACAUAUACAUAUAAAAUAGGCAGAACAAAACUGUUAAGCCAAAUGUACUAUCUUGUGGCGUACAGUUAGCAAUUAUAGCAGCCGAAAGGCUGCAACACAACAAAUUUUAAGAUCAUACUAUAAAUAAAUAUUAAUCAAAGCAGCAAAGCUAGCUGAAUAACCAACAUUGGGACCACUCAAAAAGUACAGCCCAUGUUUAGAUAACCGAUAUAAAUUCUAGUCAAGCCGAACUUUUAAAUAGUGGCAUUUUUUAGCUAUCAGUACACUUGUGACCACCACUCAGUCUGUGAAUUUAAGUCUGGAAUAAAAUUCGAAAUGCAAACGAAUUUUAACAUAAAAAUUACAUAAUCAUCUUUAGUAGUGCUGCUGUUGCAGAGAUUCUAUAAAUCUUAAGACAUUUGAUUCUGCAAUGGUAAAAGGUAACUCUGGGACACUUACAAUGCGUCUCGUUCGAAGUAAAUUUCGCAAACGCGAUGAGCCCCAUAUUGAAUCGAAUAUUAUUGAAAGCAACGAGCAACACGACAAUGAAGACCAUCAUCAGUCUUCAAACAAUUUGGAAGUCUCUGAGGCAAAGAACGCGAACACUUUGAUUAAAGACGGCCACCAGCAUGUAACGUUCUUGCGAACUAGCGGUGUCACUGCAGAAGCUGUUGGACAUGCAGAUGUGGCCGAUAUUCCGGAUUGGACGUUUCCUCCGAAAGCGCCAACUCCGCAUAUCUAUCAUAUAAACCAGGAGAUUUUGAUAGCUAACGAAAAAUUAGGAUUCAGAGGAUUUCGCAAACAAUUCAGUGGCCGGUUUAAGCGUUUAGUUGCUCGAAAACUGGAACCUGCACCAGUGAUACCUCCAGAACUAAAACCGCAACUAAAAUCUAUAUAUGUCUAUUAAGUUAAAAUAAUUUGUGUAAAUAUUUAUGCAUAUACUUAGUUUAUGUGAUAGAUCUAAAACUGGAGACAGCCAAGUAAAAAUGUUCUUAAACUAAACAUAGAAAUGUACAGAUUAACUUUUUAAUAAUAAAAUUCAUACAAUUCAUUAAGAGUGAAGCAGAA